AGAGAGUAUCUAGAGGAAAACUUGAGAGUGACGUCACCAAGAGCGGCUUAGUAUAUAAACUGGAAAUCCAUCUUCAUGAAGCAUCAGUUCGCUCCUGACUUCGACAUGAACGCCAAGAUUCUCUUCGCUUUCUGCUUGGCAGCCAUCGUUGCUGCUGAUAAGCGCCCAGCACGACCAUCGACUUCCUAUGGACUUCCUCAGGUAGCUUCUGCCCCCAGGCCAUCAAGGCCAUCCACAGCCUUCGGAGUAUCUCAGGUACAACGUCCUUCCUUCGACUCCUUCGAGAACUCCUUUGAAAGGUCCUCCUUCGAGCGUCCUUCUUUCUCCCGCUCUUUCGACCGCUCCUUUGAACGCUCCUUUGAGCGCCACUCAGACGAGUCCUUCGAAUCCCCCAAGUACAACUUCCAGUUCGGCGUCCACGACGACUCCACCAGCGCCAGCUUCGAGCACCAGGAGGCCCGUGACGAUGACGAGACCCAGGGAUCCUACACCGUCCAGCUUCCCGACGGUCGUCUUCAGACCGUCAGGUACUUCGUCAACGGAGGCUCAGGCUACGUCGCUGAGGUCACCUACGAAGGAGAAGCCAGGUACCCUGACUCCUCCUCCUCAUUCGAGUCCAGGGAGUUCUCAGCCCCAAGACCCUCUUACUCAGCCCCCAGAGCCCAGCGCCCAAGAGCCCAGAGGCCAAGACCUUCUUUCACAAGCUUCGAUUCCAGGGAAUCUCGCGAAUUCUUCUCUGCCCCCAGCACAUCCUAUGGUGUCCCCCAGUAAAUGGACGUCAGCUGAAUUUAACCUACCCUUCAUCGAAAUGACAUUGAUUUGAUAUUUUCUAUUAUACUCUUCUUUAAAUUUCUUCCAUUCAUGAAAAUUGUCAUGAAUUUCUCCUUAUGCAUGAUAAGACUUUUGUACUUUCCUUAGUGAUUAGCUAUGUAUUUAUGUAAAAACUUUUGUACAUUACUAUUUAUUGAAACAUUGAAUUUAUGAGUA